UGACGUCGCUAACAACAUGGCAGUGGCCGCUUGUUCGUGAUGUGUGGUGAUAACUGUCUCUUAAUUUGGUCAUGUUCGAUCUCUCUGCUUGUCUUAUGAAGACUGUGCUGUGAGCUGCAGUGACAAGUCGUGAGGACGCGUGCCUUCAGUAUUGAGAACCCGUGAUGGUGGUGUCCUGAAAAGCGAGUGUCAAAUUAUCAUGGUGACGGAUAGGUUAGGCCUUGGGCUGAGCUGAGCGACCGAAAUACCCGUGUUUUAGUCGCCCCGAGUUGGAACUUGCCGUGCAUCUUGCCUGAAAAUGCUUUUCUGAGACUGCGGACGUGGGCGGGCCCAUGUCUGCGGAGGAACGUACAGGCGAGGGGAAUGAUGCCAAGGUGGACAUCAACACCUCUUCGGUCGACGACCUGGCAGGGGUCGUUGGCCUGGGGAGGGCAGCUGCAGAAGCCAUUGUGGCAGCUCGCAGAUUGCAGGGAGGUUUCAGCAGAGUUGAGGACUUGCUGGCUGUGCCUGGAGUGGACGUGUCUUUGCUGCAGGAGCUACAGCUCAGCCUAACAUGCAGUCAGAGGGAGAAUCUGCCCAAGGACACUCAGGGAACCAGGUGGGGCAGUGGGAGCAGCAGCAGCUGUGGCAGCAGAGACGAGCUUGCCACUCCUUCGAAGAUCGAGGCGACGUCACUGGCAACUUCGGUGAACAGACUGCUCCAUUCAGAGGGGCUGCCCGCGAGCGAUGACGACGAAGGUAGCUGCUCCUCCAUGGACGACAUGGCCGAAGGCAAUGAUGAGCAGGCGGCACUUGCUACACCAGGCAGUCAGCUGAAGCGCAAGAGGGAAGAACUUAAACGUCCGGGAAGCAAGAAGCCAUGUGACUGGGAGGCAAGUUACACGGCUGUGAGCGAGGAUCCUGCCACUGCUGCCGGAACUGCUGCUGGAACUGCUGCUGUCACACCUGCACAAAGUCGAGAAGUUGCACCGCCUACCCCUACUCGGCGCACGCGGCACCCAUCUACACUAGUUCAACCACCAAAGCUUGAUGCUUGGCUCAGCACCUUCCAGUCAUGGAGCCAUUCGGAGCGACUUGUGGCACUCGACCAGCUGAUCGAAGGCUGUGAACCAGGCCAGGUGCGUCACAUGAUGAAUGUCAUCGAGCCACAAUUCCAAAGGGAUUUCAUCUCCCUUCUGCCGAAAGAGCUGGCACUGUAUGUGCUGUCGUUCCUGGAGCCUCGAGAUCUGCUGCGUGCGGCGCAGACAUGCCACUAUUGGCGCAUCCUGGCAGAGGACAAUCUCCUGUGGCGCGAGAAGUGCCGCGAGGCUGGCCUGGACGAUGUGCAGGAGGUGCUUGGCCGACGGCUAUCAUCCUGCUCCGCAUCUCCGCCCUCUCCGAGCUCCGUAGGUCCUAUACCCUGGAAGCUGGCAUUCAUGCGGCACCACUACGUUGAAAUGAACUGGCGCUGCAAGCCGAUACGGGAGCCCAAGGUGCUGCGGGGUCAUGAGGACCAUGUCAUCACAUGCCUACAGUUCUCGGGCAACCGCAUUGUGAGUGGCUCGGACGACAAUACCCUCAAGGUGUGGUCGGCAACAUCGGGGCGCUGCUUGCGCACUCUCAUUGGUCACACGGGUGGUGUGUGGUCGUCCCAAAUGGCUGGCUCCUUGGUAGUGAGCGGCUCCACUGACCGCACCCUCCGCGUCUGGAAUGCUGACUCGGGCAUGUGCCUGCACACUCUGUACGGGCACACGUCAACCGUGCGGUGCAUGCACCUGUACGGAAAUAAGGUGGUGAGCGGUUCUCGAGAUGCAACGUUGAGAGUUUGGGACCUCGAAACCGGACAAUGCUUGCACGUGCUCGUGGGCCAUGUUGCAGCAGUGAGGUGUGUUCAGUACAAUGGGCGCCUGGUGGUCAGUGGAGCGUACGACUACAUGGUCAAAGUUUGGGACCCACGGAGAGAGGAAUGCCUCCACACAUUGCAGGGCCACACAAACCGGGUGUACUCACUGCAGUUUGACGGAGUACACGUGGUCAGUGGCUCCCUGGACACAUCGAUCCGAGUGUGGGAUGUGGAAACAGGUGCCUGCCGGCACCAGCUCAUGGGUCACCAGUCGCUUACAUCUGGCAUGGAGCUUCGAAACAACAUUCUUGUCUCGGGAAAUGCUGACUCAACGGUCAAAGUCUGGGACAUCGUGACCGGCCAGUGCCUGCAAACUCUGGCUGGAGCCCACAAGCACCAAAGUGCGGUGACAUGUCUUCAGUUCAACUCCAAGUUUGUGGUCACCUCAUCGGAUGAUGGCACCGUGAAACUUUGGGACCUUCGCACUGGUGAAUUCUUGCGCAACCUUGUGGCCCUGGAGUCCGGUGGAUCGGGGGGCGUCGUGUGGCGCCUUCGUGCUUCCUCCACUAAGCUGGUGUGCGCAGUCGGCUCGCGAAAUGGCACUGAAGAGACGAAGCUGCUCGUUCUGGACUUUGACGAGCCUAAGUGAAGGGCCGUUCAAAGCACCGCGUUACCUCCCAAUGUCCCAGACAAGUGCCAAAGGAAAUGGGUCGCAUGUGCCGCUUUGCGUGUGCGCCAUUUAAGGGCUCUCUGCCAUAGGAGAUUGCCAAGACCCUCUACCCCCAUUGUCCCAGAUUUUUUUUGUGCCUGGGAAGAAUGUGUUGUGGCAGCAAGACAUUUUAUUGUGGUGACUCUGCCAUGAUUCUCCUUGAACUCUCUUUUGUCUCUGCUUCCCUUUCUUUUUCCCCUGAGAAACAGUCUCCGGAAGAACUGUUGCAGUGACUUACAGAGCUGGUUGUGGUGCAGUGCUGCGACCGUGUGUCAUGUGCCUGCCUAUUGCGUUCUUGCCAGUACAGAACCCAUUUCUCACUCGGUGACAUUUUACAAUGAAUCCCUUUUUUUCUCCUCCGUGUACAAGAAGUCACGGACCCGAACAGUGUUCAUGUCCAACAGGUCCCAGCUGGCAGCAAGUCUUUUGUGCCAUUACUGCUCAAGCUUUGUGUCCAGGCCACUGCAAUUAGUUGGUGGGAAUCGUCGUCGUAUAGCCUGGUGAUAGGGGAAGUGGCCUUGCCUUAUGGAGUAAAGCACCACGCCCCAAAUUCGCAUUUUAUUUUGUCCCCCCUCGGACACGGGGAACACCUCCUAUAUUUAUUUAAUUUUGGCAAGGUGCUGUCCCUUUGGACAACUGUGGCGCAAGUGCCUCAGUGACUGAGAACAAUUGGAGGAGCCUUUGGUAAAUGUAAUUUCCUUUUUGAGUGCUUAGAAAUAAUAAAUGUGAAUGUUUUUUUUUCUAUUUCUCACAGUCCUCCUUCCAAUUUUUUCCCCCUUAAGUGCUCACGGAAAACUUGCUUCUUGAAAGUUCAUGCCUCUUGUUUACCUUUUUUUGGCAAGUUGUGCGGUAGCCCCAGUGUGCCACUGUAUUCUUAAUACUGGUGUACGGACUUGUAGGAGAGGUCAGGUUUGUGGUAUUUUGCCCGUGGACUUAGUUUUAGGGGGUUUAGUUCGUCGUACCGGGUGCACUAACUUACGCAAGAAGAACCGGCGCAGGGCGCCGUUACUUUUGACUGCCAUGCUUCUUGCUGUACAUUUUGUUUGUUCUCCAAACUAAUUAUUCUUUUUCUUUGCGUUGUACAUUGCUGUAUAUUCUCUGCUUGUCUGCAGGUUUGUUUAUAGUUGUUGACUGAAGGCAAAGUAAAACCAAUUGUUUCACCUGUA